AAUUGUUAAUACUUACUGCUCACAUUAUAUAAUAAGGAACAUUUCCAAUGAAAAUCAAAGUGCUUUUCCUCUAUUUGUUGAUAGGGGCAAGCUUUUGUUUUAAGCUUUUGUGACCAGUUGUGUCUCCGUAUACGAAGAGAUGGGCUUCCUCUUCCAUGCCAUCGAAUUACCGAAAUUCCUGACUGCGACAUUCUUGGUUAGCGUUUGGAGCCAUCUCAAAUACAUGGUCAUUGCUGCCCUCACUCGCCUGGGUCUCUACAAACCUCCUCCUGAAGACGCCGCCGCCGACUCCAAUAGCUACAACCCCAACAGUUACAUUCUCCUGUUAGACGGCACUUGCCCUUCCCUCGUCACAGUUCCAAUCGAGGUCGCCACCGCCGCCGUCAAGCUCAAGGUCCCCGUACUCCUCUACCGCGAUUACCUCCUCCGCCGCCGCCGUGGAAACGAAUUGGUGAAGGGAUGCUCGAUCUGCCUCGAAUCCAUGGAGCUGGAGGAUGAGGUCAGAGAGCUCAUCACCUGCACCCAUGUCUUCCACAGAGGGUGUCUCGAUACUUGGGUGAGCGACGGACACGUCACCUGUCCCUUGUGCAGAUCUAUGUUGCUUCCCCCUAAGUUAAGUUCUUUCCGAUGUUGUCGAAAUCCCGAUACUCCGCCGCCGCCGUCGGACUUGACCGAUCCCCCAUUAGUUUCUAGUUCUGGUUAGUUGACUCUGUUGUUCAUUGGAUUCACAUGCAUCUACGGCGGACGAUGCUCGUCUGCUUGUAUUUCUACUGUAAUUAUAUUCUUGGUUAUAUACUUAUACAUAUGAAUUCGUAAAACUAAUUCCCGUUUCUUUCUCA